AUGGCAAGUGGAAACCUGAAUGCUCUCGAAAUUCUCCGUCUAUCCAAUUCUUUGAAUGAUAACUCGCGAGAGCUCUCCAACUCGCUAGUGGCCGCUGUUUCAAAUCUCAUUAGCGGAAUUUCCGUAUCAAGCAUACUGCAAAGUGAAAGUCUCCUGGCGAACGGCACCUCCAGACUUCUAUCACACUCACGCAACACAAUGAGCAGUAUUUCUGAUAUUCGUGCUCUAGAGCACCAGACGCUUAAAGUUCCCUACGAACUUCUAAACAAAAAGUUUCGUAUUGCCCAAAAGAACAUUGACCGAGAAGGAUCUCACGUUCAGAGUUCAAUAAACGAACUGGAAAAGGCUGUCAACACCAAGCCCUCGGAAGAGUCAUCUCAAAAUGAGCCAGUUACUGUAGGAAAAAUCAACGAGCUGCUCAUUGGUGUAGUUGGCCGGCUGAAUGUCCUAAAACGCAAAUCAUUUGAAUGCAUUUCCGAAGAGAUUGACGCUGUAAAUGUGUGCAAGAGGCGGCUGGAGCAUCUGAAGGAAUACUGCAGCAAGGUGACUCCUGAGCCACCUUCAGUUCAUGAGCCUACUGACCCUUGGCUAGCCACCUGGAAGCGUCAGCGAAUGGAUCGAAUGAUUGUCGACCACUGUCUGCGAUCAGGCUUCUACGAUACUGCAAUCCAUCUGGCCAAAUGCUCCAAAAUUGAGCCUCUAACAAAUAUAGACAUUUUUCUCGUUUGCCGCGAUAUUGAAGAUUCACUUGCCAAUCACGAAACAUCUCGAUGCCUGACCUGGUGCCAUGAUAAUCGAUCCAAAUUGCGCAAAGUCAAAUCAACCUUGGAGUUUAGCCUGCGUCAGCAAGAGUUUAUUGAACUGGUUCGAGCUGACCAACGAAUGGAAGCAGUUAAGUACGCUCAAAAAUAUUUCAGUACUUUUGAAGAAAUUGUCGGCACUCCUGCACAAACGGAGCUUGAGAAAGUGAUGGGCUUGUUGGCCUGCACUCCAGACACAAAGGUGGAACGAUACAGAAUUCUCUUUGAUGCGAAGCGAUGGCAACGACUCGUGGAGCAGUUCAGAGCCGAAAACUUUAGGCUCUACCAGCUGACCAAUGCUUCCAUAUUUUCCAUCACUCUGCAAGCUGGUCUCUCUUCCCUUAAAACACCUCAAUGCUACCGCAAAGAUGCUACUGCUCGAAAUAACGAAUGUCCAGUUUGCUCCGAGCUGCUGAACAAACUUGCGGCUACUCUUCCUUGCGCUCACUGCUCCCAAAGCCGAUUGGUCUGCUACAUUUCCGGCGAUGCUAUGAAUGAACAUAAUCAGCCGUUGAUGCUUCCCAAUGGAUACGUCUACGGUGAAAAGGCACUGAAGAAGAUGUCUUUGGAAAAUGGCAACAAAGUGAUUUGUCCCCGAACUGGCAACCAGUAUGAUUUCAAGGAAGUGGAGAAAGUGUUUGUUAUGUAG